AUGACGUUCAGUUGUGUGGAUUUCGUGCGGCAAAUGGUCCAGUUGGCUACAAGCGUCAACGCCCAGAAUAAGGAUGGAUGGACACCUUUGCACUAUGCAGCUCGGAAAAAGAAUGUAGAUGUUGUUCGUUUUCUGCUGGAGAAGGGUGCUCUUGUGAAUGUACUGGAUGAGGGUCUGAAGACACCUUUGCACUAUGCAGUCAUGAAAAACAGUGCGGAUGUUGUUCGUUUGCUGCUGGAGAAGGGUGCUGAUGUGAAUGUACAGGAUAAGCCUUACAUUGCGCCAGACCAUAGGAAGGGCAACAUUAGCACACCCUUUCAAAUGUUCAAUUUCGGGCCUGUCCAACAAUUGGGCACAAGCGCCACGUUGAACUCUAAAACUCGACCCUUCAUCAGCCUAAGACAACUGCACUCGCCGUAG